AUGGAUGGUCUCUCAGGUGGGAUCAGACGCUCUGCGUUUGAGAAACUUGCGGCGUUGGCCGUCAAGUCGCCCGCUCGUGAUGAUGGCUCCGAAUUAGCUCGUCUCGCCCAGCAGUCUCGCACACGCCAGCCUGAUGCAGCUUUAAAUGGAGUGCUCAAAGACCAGGCUCCGACCUCUCGGGUCCCAAUGGGUGUCCGCGAACUCGAUGUUCUUUUAGCGCUUUGUAGGGCGGCCUCGUUCGUGGACAAUCUCGAACAUGCCUCACGAUUGGCUCCACAGCUGGCUCGAUAUCUGCCCGAGUCCCCCAGUCAAUUGUUCCGGUUGUCGCCCUUCCUACAAACCGUCAAACCGUCGCCUUGGGAGGCUCUCACCCAUAACCUGACUGCUGCUCUAUUAACCCUGGGUAUACAGUAUCCGCCCCUGCGCAAGACCGCUCUUGGUGCGGCCAACGGUUUCCUGAAGAAUUGCGCCGAGGCAAUUAGGGCUGUGACGCCGUUUCAAUAUUCCAAGUCCGAAGCUGGGGGCCGAGGAGUCGCUCAUGAGUCCGUAGCAAUCUUAUCGAUUGCUGUGUCUUUGGUCGGCUUUUUGGAAGCAUCGGCCAAGUACACGGUGAUAUGGUCUGCAGCUGAGAAGCUGCAGAUCAUCGAGCAUCUGCGUUCCAUGCUGUCUGAGCCAUUCAUGAUUGCGGUGGAGACAGCAUCGUCCACUAUUCGUAACGUUGCCGGUUCCGAGAACUUCUUCAAGGACUGGAGAAAAUAUGCCAGGCGCUAUGCAUCCAACGGCCGCCCGCUAGGGGCAAUGCUGGUGCAGGAGGGCUUCAUGCGCUUUGCCAAAUCCUGCGCGGCAUCCCUCAUCGGAUCGCAAAAUAUGUCUGACGAUCAGCUCUUGGACGAAUAUAUGGCAGGUGUUGGGAUUGCCAAGAGCUACGACGACGCAGAUAUCGCUCUCAUCGAGCGGAUCACCGACCUGAUCAGCGAAGAAAUCCACCAGCUUGAAGAUGGUUCUGACUAUUUACAAGUAGGCUCGCCUUCGCAACAGCAGCUUGCUUUUUCCGUGAAAGGUAAUGCUUUAAUCGGAUUUUUGAACUGCGUUGUUCUCGGCGAGGACGCAGCCAACAACGAAGUCCUUCUUUCUUGGCUUGAGGAGACAUUGACCAACCCCCAACAAAUGUCGUGCACAGCUCUGGCCUUGACAACCUUGAAAAGCACGGCGAUCCUCGCAAGGAUGUCUGCGAAUGGUGCAUCUCUCGGGCGGCGUAGCCUUUUGAAAUUCCUGACUCAGGGGGGUGCAGCAUCUGGUUCCAUUGUCGCCGUGGCUGCUCGGUGCCUCGCUCAAAUCUUGAGCAUUCUCUCCGAGGAUUCGAUUAUCACCACUUUGUACUCGCUCGGGAACGCUUUGAGCCCGAGUCCUAAUGCUGACCAGUCCUCCCAAAAUCAAGCUAUCGGGGACCCAGCUGCACCCGAAAACAAUCUGCCGGCCUAUCCCAAGAGCGGAGAUGGAAGUCAAGCUUCCUUCCCUGCCACUGGAGAGGAGGAGAGUCUGACAUACAGGAACGUCGUUCAUGCCAUCGUAAUUGUCGCGACCGGUUGUCACGACGACAAAAUUAGUGCCUUGGCUCAAUCCAUGCUUCUCCAGAAAGUUGGGAAGAUUAAUGUUGCAGUAGACGCCUACAUUAUUCAAGAAACGGCGGUUCUUGCUUUGAGUGGUGGGCAGGCUGAGUUUCAGCUCCUGCUGAAAUUCUACGCUCGCAUCUACCUUGACGGAAUCCACAAAGGGUUGGAUAUGGUCUCCGAUGCGGUUCAGUGCGCCAUGGCUUAUCUUUCUGUGACGCUGCAAGAAGACUCCCCACUCUACAGAGUCUAUCUCAUGCAUCUACUUGAGAGUCUCGUCAACAAAGGGGAUGUCCCCGAUCUUGACAGUGAACGUCACAAAGAGGUGGUCUUCGCGCCCCGAGACAUUACUCCUCUCCUGAAGCCGUUGGCGUUGCUUGUGUCCUCUAAGAAGACAUCCGAAGGUUCACAAUCAACGGUUGAUUAUGACGACGCUAUCAUGUCUCUCUUCCGUGAUGCUUGGUUCAAUAUCGCGAUCCACGGAAUUUCGCUCAAUUCAAGCAUUGCCCAGAAGCAUUUGAAAGAGCUCUGUUUGCUUGCAAGCCAUUCCCCGCCGCUCGUGUCUGAAGAACGCAUGGAGUCCUUGGAGAGCGACGUGGAGCUCAACACAGUUCUCCGGAGGGGUUCUGGACCGCAGCGAAUGUUGGAGCAGAAGCGCAUUCUUAUUUCAGAGCUGGCUGGCAGAGAAUCAGACAUCAAGAAAUUGGAUUACCCACGGGCAGUUUUCCUUAACGCCGUGCUGCUGGUCGAGCAUCUCCGUGCUUCGUCUGGGGAUUGCACCAAGAUUCUCGGCUAUUUCCGUGACCCUGCGCUUACCACACCAGAAAUGGUCACCUGCAUGACUGCUGUCGCCGAAAAGACAGUCACCUGCUAUCUUUCAAACACUCUCUCGGGAGAAUAUGACGACUUUUCAGCUCCGUACUUGUCGAAACAGUUGGCCGAGUUCCUAGUGGCUUGCUGCCAUCGCAUCGAAAGGGUGCAAACCAUAGCGAUACUUUGUGCAGACAAGAUCAUCAGAGAAUGCCCCUCUGCCUUGUGUGAGAAGCAUUCUCUCUUCGCCCUGCUGGAAAUCUUGACUGUGAUGUGGUCAUCCUGCCUCCAAGGAGAACUUGAUGAGUUUGAGUGGAAACCAUCGCUGGUGUCUCCAAUGGGCAUCGUCAGAGUGGAUCUUCCGGAUAACUAUGCACUGAGAAAGGUGACCCUGAAUCGUUUUCUUGAGCGAGCCAGGGCAUGGGUAACAGCAGUGCUGAAUGUUGCCCCUCUGGACAUCAAAGGCCUUCUUCAGACAUAUCUCUCUGAGUUCGACGAUGAUGGCGCUUAUGGCCAUAUUGAAAUGGGCCGUUCCUUCGCCCUGGAGAUGGGCUCGCUCAUUCCACAAAGUGAUCCACGGCUAGGAUCUAUCGAAGGCCAUGAUGCCAGUGAGAUCAAUGUUGCUUCGGACUUCAUGGCUCUGUACACAACUCGACAGAAGUACCGCCGGCCCGAGGCCACUCUGCUGGACGGAUCAGGUGAGGACAUUUUUGGUACCAUUGGCCGAAAGCCUUUGGCAGACAUUCCACCCGAGUCUGCCGCGGACUUGGAAUAUUCUCUCGCCCGUUUGUACGAACGGAGUAUGCAAGGAGGACAUAUUCCUCUUGUUGAGGUGAGGGAUGUUCUGCGGCAGGCGGCAGGUCUAAUUUGCAGCAGCAGCAAGCCGCGGCUUUCUGUUGUUCAUUACUUGGUUGCCUUGCCUUUCCAGGUUUUUACCAAGGAGACCAUCAAGCUAGGAGUCUCUCUAUGGCUUGGUGUCAUUCAUGAAAACCCAAGCAUCGAGCCGCGCAUUCUGGCUGAAGUGGUCGAGGCAUGGGAGAGAAGCAUUCAUCGCCGUCAAGGUUUGUUCGAUCCCACAUUCGGAUAUCUUGACCCGCUACACACCAAGAUCGAAUUGCUUCCGACAGAUAAGGCAUUGAUGCUCAAGAAGCAACAAAAGGCCCAGGAUACGCUCUCGCCGCACUCUCGCGUCCUCCAGUUCUUUGAGAGUCAUUUCAACGCCAUCCGCCUAGGGAACCUGCAGGGCCAGCAACUCUUUUGUCGUUUGAUUAGUAGCACGGUUGUGGCUCUUUGUCAGACCCAAGGUCAUCCUCUGGCUCGAGAAGUUCACUUCCGCAUCGUCCUCUUCGGCUUGAGGGUCCUAAAACAUCUGAGCCCGCAAAAUGUCUCUGCGUCUUGGAAGCUCAAAGAUCAAAUUAUUUCUGCCGCCCUCAGCUGGUUCAAGCAUCCUCCAAGAUGGUCAUUUGGAGGCAAUCGCCUCCAGAUUAAAGCCGAAGAUAAGAUCCUCGGUGACGUUCUGUCUAUCUUGCGAAGCACCGCUCAUAUCGCUUCUCAGAAUCAGGGACCAUGCAAAUCUCUACAAGCCAAACAAGACUUGGUUCAAAUUCUUGUUGAGAACGAAAGAUCUCGUCUCCGGGUUUGGUUAAAUCCGUUGGAGCCGGAGCGAAAACACCACCUGUCCUCCCUAGGAGGCAAGAACUCGACAGAGAGUGUUGUGUCCUUUCUCAGACUUGCUUGGGCUGAGAGUCCCGGACUGGCGAUUCAGCUUGCCUCUCGAUUCCCGUCGGCUAAGAUGCAAAGUGACCUUCGGUGGUUGAUCCUCAACUUCCCCGAAAAGGUCGUCACAGAGGCAAGCGCACUUGAAAUCAUGUUCGAAGCGUCCCUGCCCGCCGAUGUCAAUUAUCAGCUGAAGUACCUCUUGUUCUGGGCACCCGUGAACCCAACCGAAGCUCUCACAUUCUUCUUGCCCGCUUACGGCAACCAUCCGUUCAUUUUGCAAUAUGCCAUGCGCGCUCUGGAAAGUCACCCCAUUGAUGUUCGCUUUUACUUUGUGCCGCAGUUGGUCCAGGCUCUACGAUACGAUGCUCUAGGCUACGUGGAACGUUACAUCCUUGAAACAGCGAAGUUGUCUCAACUGUUUGCUCACCAAGUGAUAUGGAACAUGAAAGCAAAUUCUUACAAGGACGAGGAAUCCCAGGUGCCUGAUCCUCUCAAGCCAACAAUCGAUCGCUUUGUCGACAAGUUGAUCGCAAGCUUCUCCCACGAGGAGUGCAACUUCUAUGAACGAGAGUUUUCGUUCUUCAAUGAGGUCACCGGCAUCUCCGGCAAACUGCGUCCCUAUAUCAAAAGGAGCAAGCCUGAGAAGAAAGAGAAGAUCGAGGAAGAGCUCCGCAAGAUCAAGGUCGAAGUUGGGGUGUAUCUUCCCAGUAACCCGGACGGCGUGGUCGUUGGAAUUGAUCGCAAGUCCGGAAAGCCCCUGCAAAGCCACGCAAAGGCUCCAUACAUGGCAACUUUCCGAAUUCAGAAGACCAGACCACGUGUUGAUGCAGAUGCAAAGGCCGAGUGCAAUAACCCUGGGGCUCACGGGCCUGAGCAGCGUCAUCUUGUCGGUCCCACAUCCGAGGCCGACCUGGAGAAGUAUGAAGUGUGGCAGUCAGCGAUUUUCAAGGUUGGCGAUGAUUGCAGGCAAGACAUGCUUGCCCUGCAGAUGAUUGCGGCUUUCCGAAGCAUCUUCUCCAGCGUGGGAUUAGAUGUCUGGGUCUUCCCAUAUCGGGUCACCUCUACUGCACCGGGGUGUGGUGUUAUCGAUGUGCUGCCCAACUCCAUUUCCCGUGAUAUGCUAGGCCGUGAAGCAGUGAAUGGAUUGUAUGAUUACUUUGUCUCUAAGUACGGAGGCGAGGACUCAAUUCGAUUCCAGGAGGCACGUACCAACUUUGUCAAGAGUAUGGCGGCCUACUCCGUCAUUUCAUACCUCUUACAGUUCAAGGAUCGACACAACGGUAACAUCAUGAUUGAUGACGCGGGGCAUAUCAUCCACAUCGAUUUCGGAUUCUGUUUUGAUAUCGCGCCCGGCGGCGUUCGGUUCGAACGUGCGCCAUUUAAGCUCACCUCCGAGAUGGUGGCCGUGAUGAGCGGCACUCACAACCCGGCUCACCACAGCCUACCGGGAACCAAUUCGCACAACCCGACUGCCACCCAGCCCUACCGCUGGUUUGAGUCCUUGGUCGUCAAGUCAUUCCUGGCUUCGCGUCCGUACUGCGCCAAGCUGUCCCAUAUCGUAUCAUUGAUGCUUGAUAGCGGUCUACCGUGCUUCAAGCCCGAGACCCUCAAGAACUUCCGCGACCGAUUUGUCUUGGACAAGACCGAGCGAGAAGCCGCCGACUUCAUGCGAGACCUCACCCGCAAGUCGUACAUGAGCGUGUCCACCAAGGGGUACGACCAGUUCCAGUUGAUGACCAACGGUAUUCCCUACUGA